UGGCAUAAAGACAAACAUAAUCCAGACGUUUUAAAAUAAAACACAGCAGCCCCCGUCUGGGAAGGGCCUUCUGUACACCAUGUAUUGAGGGGGUUUUAGCUCUGUGCGCUCCCGGGGGUUUUGUGGGCUCUGCAGGCCCCAAAGGUGGGGCUGGAGAGGAAGACCUGGGCCUGUGUCCCUGCCCUGCGGGAGCUGGGGACCAGUGGCCUCAAUGAAGGACAGGAGGUUCAAAAAAAUAAUAAUGAAACGUCUAAGCAUGUGUGCGGGCCUCUAGACGUGUGGCGGCCCCGGGCGCUGUGUCUGCUGCACCCAAAGGACAGAGUCCGCCCUGUCUUCGGGGUGGAUGGCCCUGUGUUUAAGCUGGAGUUUCUGUCAAGUUUGGGAAGCAGUCCAAAAGGCUUGGCGAAGCAUGUUGCUCGUUCUCUGACCUAUAACAAGCUCAAACGUUAGUUCUUAGUGGAAUUAACAUAUGGGCAGACCUACAUUUGAGUCUGAGAUUUGAAUCAAGCAGCUGUGACGUCGGACCUCUGGGAGCCUCAGUUUCCCCACUUGUAAAAUGGGAGUGAUCCCGCCACCAUCGUCCUGUACUUACGGAGAGCGUCCUCUGAACGGCGUGCUAGGCCCAGGGCUGGGAACACUGAAGGCCUCGGUAGCGUCCUCCCGGGGGAGGCCGUGCUAACCCGUCCCUAUCCCUCAGAUGCCGGUCCUGAAGCAGCUGGGCCCCGCGCAGCCCAAGAAGCGGCCGGAGCGCGGCGCUCUGUCCAUCUCCGCGCCGCUCGGCGACUUCCGGCACACUCUGCACGUGGGGCGCGGCGGCGACGCCUUCGGAGACACUUCGUUCCUGAGCCGCCACGGCGGCGGGCCGCCCCCCGAGCCCCGGCCGCCGCCCGCUCGGACCCCGCGCUCCGCGCCGCCGCCCGCCGUGCCGCAGCCCCCGCCGCCCGCCCUCCGCGCGCCCGCGCCCGCUGACCCGCUGCUGUCCUUCCACCUGGAUUUGGGCCCCUCCAUGCUGGACGCAGUGCUGGGCGUCAUGGACGCGGAACGCCCCGGCGCCGCCGCCGCCAAGCCCGACGUGGACCCCGGCCCCGGGGCGCAGCACCCUAGGGCCUGCUGCCUCCCCAACGCGGACCUCGAGCUGGACGACGUCAUCGGCCUGUAGGCACCCCCGUUCCCUGCGCCCUUACCGUCCAGGGCCCCACUUCUUUAUACAUAAACUGACAAGGUCUGUGCCCCGGGUUUUGUCUGUUCACUUUGCAUGUGGGAAGGGGGUACGGGGAGGGGUGAUGGGGUCCUGGCGCCUUUAAGAGCUAGGUGUGUCACGUGAGGUUCCGGUCCCAGCCGGGUGGGUGGAGGUCUCAGGAUUAUAAUGGGAUGCGGCCCCUUUAAGAGAGCCAGGGGCGUGGCUGGGCGGUGCCCCUCCCAGGGGCGGGGUCCCGAUGUGGCCGCUCCCACAGCCUGGUUUUUUCAGCAGUGUUGGCUGCGCGGCGCCGC